AAUUCUGGCUCUUCAAGAAGUGUGAAAAGGGAACAAUUUCAUUCUCAUAAACAGUCAUUUCAUAACAGUUUUCGCGCAAAUGAUUCAUUUGUUCCGAGCAACCUUAAGUCAUUUACCUUCAAUGAACUAAAAAAUGCAACUAGGAACUUCCGAGCUGAUAGCCUUCUUGGCGAAGGAGGUUUUGGUUACGUCUUCAAAGGAUGGAUAGAUGAGACUACUUUUGCUCCUUGCAAACCAGGAAGUGGUAUGGUUGUAGCUGUCAAGAAACUUAAGCCCGAAAGCUUCCAAGGGCAUCGAGAAUGGCUUGCAGAGGUUAACUACUUAGGGCUGCUUCACCAUGAAAAUCUAGUAAGGUUAAUUGGAUAUUGCGCGGAGUUUGAUAACAGACUUCUUGUUUAUGAAGUCAUGUCAAAAGGAAGUUUGGAAAAUCAUUUAUUUAAAAAGGGAGUUCAGACUAUACCUUGGGCUACACGAAUGUGUAUUGCAGUAGAUGUUGCACGAGGCUUGUCCUUCUUACACGGUCUUGAAGCAAAUGUUAUUUACCGCGAUCUCAAGGCUUCAAACAUACUACUUGAUUCAGAUUUCAAUGCCAAGCUAUCGGAUUUUGGUCUGGCAAGAGAUGGUCCUAGUGGAGACAGAACUCAUGUCUCGACUAGAAUUGUUGGUACUACCGGUUAUGCUGCACCAGAAUAUCUUGCAUCAGGUCACUUGACACCAAAGAAUGAUGUUUACAGUUUUGGAGUUGUUCUACUAGAGUUGCUAUCGGGAAAACGAGCAACGAGUGCUGAAAAUGCAGGAGGUGCUGAUGAGAAAUUGGUGGAAUGGGCAAAACCAUUCUUAUGUGAUAGUAGGAGAGUGUUGAGAAUAAUGGACACAAGGUUGGGAGGACAAUACUCAAAGAAAGGUGCACAAACUGCAGCUUCCCUUGUCCUGAGGUGCCUCAACGUCGAUCCGAGACUCAGGCCAACAAUGGAUGAGGUUCUAGCUACACUAGAACUUGUACAAGCACCAAAAGAUGUCAUGAAGAGUUCACAAUAGAUUAAACAGGGCCAAAUGACAAGUUAGUCUCAAGAGAAAUGUCUAUCAUGUAUAUAGUAAUAGAUAAAGGAGCAAGGUCCCGGAGGCGGAAUCAGGAUUAUUGAAAAUCACUUAGUUCGAAUGUCUAAAUCAAAUACAUACAUCUUCAUGUCAAACUUAGUUUCAACUCACAUUUAUAGAAACUAGUCUAUUAAGUUUAGUUUCAACUCACAUUUAUGGAAAACACACACAUCUUCAUGCCAAACUUAGCUUCAAUUCACAUUUAUGAAAACUAGUCUAUUAAGUUUAGGUUCGAACUCACAUUUAUGGUAAAUACACAUCUUCGUGCCAAACUUAGUUUCAUCUAACAUUUAUGGCAAGUAUACACAUCUUACAUGGCACGAGAUAAAUCAUUUUUUAGUGUUAUUUCAAAAAAAAAAAACUGUCAUAUAUAAAGAUGAGUGUUGAAACAAGACCCGCAAAUUCUAAAAACCUAAUACUAAUAACUCACCAAAUUAGAGUCAUGCGAAAACAUGGAGGCCACUCAAAAUCUGACGAGUAGAAAAAGUGAUCUUAACGUACUUUUGUUGAGGAUCU